AUGCACACUACUCUCCAUCCCCGUGCCUCCAGGAUGCACACUGCUCUCCAUCCCUGUGUCUCCAUCCCCGUGCCUCCAGGGUGCACACUGCUCUCCAUCUCUGUGCCUCCAGGGUGCACACUGCUCUCGAUCCCCAUGUCUCCAACCCCGGGCCUCCGGGAUGCACGCCGCUCUCUGUACCCGUGCCUCCGGGAUGCACACCGGUGUCUGUACCCGUGCCUCCGGGAUACACAUCGGUCUCUGUACCCGUGCCUCCGGUAUGCACACCGGUCUCUGCACCCGUGCCUCCGGGAUGCACGCCGCUCUCUGCACCCGUGCCUCCGGGAUGCACACCGGUCUCUAUACCCGUGCCUCCGGGAUGCACGCCGCUCUCUGUACCCGUGCCUCUGGGAUGCACGCCGCUCUCUGUACCCGCGCCUCCGGGAUGCACGCCGGUCUCUGUACCCGUGCCUCCAGGCAUUCUUCACUUGGGACUGCAGCACCACUCCUCUGAUCUUCCCAUAUCCAAAUCCAAAUCGAAAACUGUCUCAAAUCUACCUUCGCAGAUUUGUCCAACUGGAACACUCGCCGCUCUCCGCCGCCCUUGUCCCUGCUAUCUCCUCUGAUCUACGAAAAUCAUGUUACCCAACACCGGUUGAAGCAGUUGGAGGAAAGGCCUUGCCAUGUAUUGUUGAUGUGAGAGAUGAACAGCAAAUCAGUGGCAACUUUGUCAUUGAUGAAAAUAUCUUAAAAGAAGAAGGAAUAAAAAAUUUUGAUGCCUAUGCAAUUAAACCAGGUCAUCCUUUGCUACCAGAUUUCUUCUUAGAUGAAUACCCAGAACCAAUUACCAAGAAAAUGGAAUCAACUGGUGCUGUUCCAGAAUUCAAAGAAAAGAAACCACAGCCGCAACCAAAACCACGUUUGGGAGCUGUGGAAGAAACAUUUAGAAUUGUUAAGGACUCUCUCAGUGAUGAUGUUGUUAAAGCCACUCAAGGAAUCUAUCUGUUUGAACUCUCCGGUGAAGAUGGUGGCACGUGGUUUCUUGAUCUGAAAAGCAAGGGUGGGAAUGUCGGAUAUGGAGAGCCUUCUGAUCAGGCAGAUGUGGUGAUGAGUAUGUCUACUGAUGACUUCGUAAAAAUGUUUUCAGGGAAACUAAAACCAACAAUGGCAUUCAUGUCAGGAAGACUGAAGAUUAAAGGUAACAUGGCCCUAGCAAUCAAAUUGGAGAAGCUAGUGAGUCAGAUGAAUGCCAGACUGUGAAGGAAAGGAAAAAAAAAUAUGUCGACUGCUAGGCUCAAAAAGUAAAAAAAGCUCAACAAUUAAAAUCUAAUGUUUGUUUUCUUCCCUGUUGUAUUAUCAGGAUAUGCACAUUUGUUCUGGAAAAAAUAGAAUUUCUGUCUCUAUAAGACUUGUAAUUAAAAUGGCAAGUUAAUCAAACAGAAGCUUCAUUAAGUGGGAUUCUA